AGAAAAAAAGCCCAAAAAUAAUCCGAACGUUAAAAUCGGUUCUCUCUCUCUCCUCCCUCCACUGUCCAACUCUCCUCUUUCUCUUCCCCCAUUUCCCCUCCAUAUUUCUCCCUCUCUCUCUCUCUCUUCUCAGCAAUUUCAUCUCAAAUACAAUUCAAAUCUCAAAUUCCCAAUUCCAAUCCCAUUGAAAAAAUAAAACCCAAUUGUAAAUUCUCCAAAUUCCCCCCAAAAUACUUAGAAUUUUACAAGCAAAUUUAGGCAAAUUCCCAGAAAUUCAAUCAAUCAAAUACCCUUCACUUCAAUCAUCAAUGGCGUAACACCCAGAUUCCAGGAAACAGAGAAAACACCCACCAAGAACAAGAACAGUAAGAGAAGAGGAGAGAGAAAAUUGAUUGAGAAAUUCAUCAUCAUAUAUAUGGCGGCGAUGGCUCCAGAAAGAUCUAGACCUCUCCAUAACUUCUCCUUACCACCACGCUUGAAUUGGGGUACUCAAAAACUUCUUCGUUGCGCCAAAAUCACCAAUUCCAACAACCCCUCUUCCUCAAACGACGCCGUUUCCGAUUCAAUUCCCGCUUCCUCCGGCGACCGGAAACUCCGAAACGCGUCGUUUCGAUCUCCUCAACCGCCGUCGAUUCGCCGCGGUGAAGUCGAUAAUGAAAUCGAAGUCAUUCGAGAAAGGCUAAUGCUCAAUCUUCGCUCUGAAGUCGAUAAAAUUCACGCCGAUUAUCUGGGAAAUUCCGAAUUUACCCCUGCGAUUCCGCCGCCUCCUCCACCGGAAUCUCGACCGUGGAAUCUCCGGACUCGCCGGAGUCCGGCGACCGUUGAAAUUUCUCCGGCGACGGUGCCGGUGGAGGUUGGUGUCUCGGGGGGUGAUGGCGGGAGAGCGAAGUUUUCGGUGCCGUUGUCGAGGAAUGAGAUUGAGGAUGAUUUUGUGGAGAUGACGGGGAGACGUCCUCCCCGGAAACCGAAGAAACGGUCUCGUUAUGUUCAGAGACAAUUGGAUACGCUUUUUCCGGGGCUAUGGUUGUCUGAGAUUUCGCCGGAGAUGUACAAAGUUAAUGAGACUCCGGAGGCUCCUAAGUGAAAAUGAGAUAAUCGAUGGGUGGUAUUGCGGGAGUUUUGAGGUUGCUGUCCAUUGACAGUGGUAGGAUAUGAUACAAGUAGAUUAGUUCUACUGUAAUUGUAUUGGAAUUGGAAUUAUAGUGUAGAAGUGUUUGUGGAUCAGGGGUUUCAGGCAGAAGUGUUGGUAACUCUGUUGUAUAGUUGGCCAGUUGGGAGUAUAACUAGAGCUGAUAUGUUAGUUUCUUUUUCUUCGGAGUACUUGUUAUCGAUCAAUCAAUCAAUAUAAUUGAUUUCGUUUCUCACAUUUCGAGUCAUUUGAGCUUAUUCUUUCAUGUGCUGCUGCUUGUGUUUUACUGUGUUUGUAUCCAUUCUCGUGGUUACAGGUUCAUAUUUUGAGUUGAAAGUAUAGCAGAACCUAGAUUCAGGGCCAUUGGGGUAUUUGUGGGAGGAAAUGAUGAUUAAUUUUUAAAAAUCCAAUCUUUGCUUUCGUAUAGUAUGGAAUGUCAGAACUCAGAACUCUGAAGUUUGUUUCUAGUUCAUUCACAUAUAUGCUGACUGCUGUUAUAUACGAAUUAUGUAAGUUCACAUAGGGCGGCAUGCGUCUUUUGGGUAGGUGAAACUUCUGGAUCGUUUGUGUCACAGGACUUGGAUUUUGCUUCUAUAUUUUGUUAACCUUAUCGAUUAGACUAAAGUCUUAACUGUUAACUGAUAUGUUUGCAUUAUUCUCGAGAUUUGUUCUGGUUUCUGCAAAUGCACAUUAUACUUGACAUUCUGAACUCAGGACAUUUACCUCAAAACAGUUAGGAAUUACUAUUUGAAGUAGAAAAGUUGUAACAUUAGGAAAAUCAUGUAAUUUUUUUUAACAAACUGCCUCAUUUCUACUGUUUUUUUCAUCAGAAUGGAAAAUGCUGGUUUAUAUGCGAUAACCUUUGGCAGCUUACCUGCAUUUCUGUCUCUAUGCCUCUUAAGGCGACAUUAUGUUGUAGCCCUUGUGAUGGUGCAAAGGCUGGUUUCGAUUGGUAUCAAUGUACUGACCGAAGAUCGACUGGCUUGCCAUGGUCACAUACUCACAUCAAAUUGGUUAGAGUUGGAUGUGGAAGUGUUUUGGUAGUGUGAGAAGGAGAGCAUGUUCUCAAUUUUUUGAAUUUUCCCACUAUAAUCUGAUUAGAAGGAAAAAUGGUAGUUUCUGUUUAUCCCUUUUGGGCUGACUCAGCCCGGCCCAUUUAGCCUACACCAAUUUUGUUAGCAAAUUCAUUAUUCUUUAGAGCACGUGUAUAAGUUGAUAAAGAAACAUUCACUUUGUCUUUUUGUUGGCGAAACAUUCAUUUAAUAGGUGUUGUUGGAGGCUAUUUACUAUUUAGUUCCUUCCAUCGGUCGAAAGGGUCUUUGUUCUUUGACCCUUGGAAAGCAAAGUUAGCUAUAUUUUAUACUCGUUUUUAUUCUUGUGUAGUUGUGUAAAUGUGUACCUUGGUCUAGGAUUUAUUUUUUUUUAUUUUUUUUUGGGAAGGAUAACCUUUAUGCUAAAACAACAUCUCUUACACGUCAAUUAGUUUUAGCGACACACGUUAACAUUUAAGAGUAGGGGAGGUAAGGUGCAAUUUUUAUUAUACAAUUGGUUGUACUUAGAGUUGUAUAACCACAAUUAAUUUUAUUUUAUUUUUUUUCAUUUGAAAUUUUUUCAUUUGAAAUACAAAUGAGCAAAAAAAAAAAUAAAAAUAAAUUGUGGUUGUACCUAGCUCUAGGAUCAGUUAGUUAUAUAGUGAAGUAAGGGGAGUAGGGGACUCCACUCCCAAUUAUGACAAAGUAAAUGCGAAAACAAGAAGUGCCAAUGGAUCUUGGAUCCGAAUCUUCAAAUUUUGGACCCGGCCCAUUUCUGAUCCUAUAUUUGAAAUUUAGAUCCACUCUAAAUCUAACCCGUGAAUUAUAAAUUUGAGUUUUCUAAUAAAAAAUAACGAUUUUAAAGUGUUUCUGUAAUGUUCAUAUUUACCUACUC